GGGUCUCCUCCACGCUCAUGCUGACUCCCUUCUCAUCAAGUAUCACCUCCUCCAGGAAGCCGCCUGCUCCCGCUCCACUGGCCCCUUGGCUCCAGUUCCUCCAUCAUUGGGUUCAUUGCCUCUCUCCACGUGAUCUCCCCUUGAAGUCGAGCACUCCUCCAGGAUGGAUUUGCGGGCAUGGAGAGUGUGGGGAAGGACCCGGUUCCUGCUGGCAGAGAAGGCUGGCUGCUGACCCAGGACCAGCCAAUUCCUGCUGGAGGCUCCUGACAUCUGGGGAGAUGACUUCGGCGCCCCCCGACUGCCUGCUGCGGCUGCUCCGGGACACCCCGAGGCAGCGGGUCUGCACCCUGUUCAUCAUCGGCUUCAAGUUCACCUUCUUCGUCUCCGUCAUGGUCUACUGGCACGUCGUGGGAGAGCCCGGGGGCCAAGGACAACUCUCUAACCUGCCUGUGGACGUCCCCUGCCCCCACAUGGUCCCCCCGACCCCCCCGCCCUCCGGCACCCCGCCUCCAGGCAACAUCUUCUUCCUGGAGACCUCUGACCGGACGAACCCCAACUUCCUGUUUAUGUGCUCCGUGGAGUCAGCUGCCAGGGCGCACCCCGAGUCCCCGGUGGUGGUCCUGAUGAAGGGACUGCCUGGCGGGAACGCCUCCCGCCCGCGGCACCUGGGCCUCUCGCUCCUGGGCUGCUUCCCCAACGUCCAGAUGCGCCCCCUGGACCUGGCGGAGCUCUUCCGGGACACGCCCCUGGCCGCCUGGUACGCGGCCGUGCAGCGGCGCUGGGAGCCCUACCUCCUGCCGGUGCUCUCGGACGCCUCCAGGAUCGCGCUGCUGUGGAAGUUCGGCGGCAUCUACCUGGACACGGACUUCAUCGUCCUCAAGGACCUGAGGAACCUGACCAACGCGCUGGGCACCCAGUCCCGCUACGUCCUCAACGGCGCCUUCCUGGCCUUCGAGCGGCACCACGAGUUCAUGGCGCAGUGCAUGCGGGACUUCGUGGCCCACUACAACGGCUGGAUCUGGGGCCACCAGGGCCCGCAGCUGCUCACGCGGGUCUUCAAGAAAUGGUGCUCCAUCCGCAGCCUGAGCGAGAGCCGCGCCUGCCGCGGCGUCACCACACUGCCCCCUGAGGCCUUCUACCCCAUCCCCUGGCAGAACUGGAAGAAGUACUUCGAAGACAUCAGCCCCCAGGAGCUGACCCGGCUACUCAAUGCCACCUUCGCGGUCCACGUGUGGAACAAGAAGAGCCAGGGCACACGCUUUGAGGCCACGUCCAGGGCCCUGCUGGCCCAGCUUCACGCCCGCUACUGCCCCACGACGCACAAGGCCAUGAAGAUGUACUUGUGAGGGGGCCUGCCAGCUCACCUCCCUGCACCUGGGAGGGCUGGAGACGGGUAGGCUGGGCUGCUGCAGCCCCAGGGUCUGGGGCAGGUGGUGGGGAGGACAGGGAACCGUUGGCCAGAGACCUGUUACUGGAGGGUGCA